CUCCUCUCUGCUAUCAACAUUUCAUCAAAGCAAAUUUGAGUUUUCGAUCAGCCUCUUAAUUAUUCUUUUGUUGUUUGUGUAAGAGAAAGACCUACAGAUCAGAAUGGACAACUCCCAAAAUGCAGGCUACCAAGCUGGCCAGGCCAAGGGCCAAGCUCAGGAAAAGGCCAGCAACUUGAUGGACUCGGCCAGCAAUGCUGCCCAAUCUGCUAAGGAAUCAGCCCAAAAUGCUGGUCAGCAAAUGCAGCAAAAGGCACAGGGAGCUGCUGAUUCAGUCAGGAAUGCAAUGGGAGGCAACAAAUGAAGCUGAUCGAUGAAGAAUCUCGAUCAUCAUUGGCCUUUUUGUUUUGUUUCCUACAUUUUUAAUUUGCACAUCGAUUUUUGCUUUUGAAUUUGUAUCUUUCUUCUGCAUUGCAAGAAGAAAAGUUUCCCCACAUGUUAUCAUUUGCUACUCAGAGAGCAUGAAUAGCCAAUAAUACAACGAAUUAAUUUAAAUUCUA